GUUGUGCAGCUUGACACUAAAGAAACUGGUAGUCUUAAAGGAAUUGGAUAAGGAGCUUAUUUCUGUGGUCAUUGCUGUCAAAAUGCAGGGCUCCAAGCGCAUCCUGCGGUCUCACGAGAUCGUGUUGCCCCCGAGUGGACACGUGGAGACGGAGCUUGCGCUGACCUUCUCGCUGCAGUACCCACACUUCUUGAAGAGAGAAGGCAACAAGCUUCAGAUCAUGCUGCAGCGGCGGAAGCGAUACAAGAACCGAACCAUUCUAGGCUACAAGACUCUGGCUGUGGGAUCUAUCAACAUGGCUGAGGUCAUGCAGCACCCCACAGAAGGCGGCCAGGUACUGAGCCUUUUCAGCAAUAUCAAAGAAGCUGCAGUAAAGGUAGCAGAAAUCUGGAUCUUCUCCUUGUCAAGUCAGCCAAUUGACCACGAAGACAGCAGUAUGCAGGCCAGCCAGAAGAUCAAGUCUACAGAUAACUAUUCCGAGGAGGAGUAUGAGAGCUUCUCUUCUGAGCAGGAGGCCAGUGAUGAUGCCGUGCAGGGCCAGGAUUUGGAUGAUGAUGAGUACGAGCUGGGGAAGCCCAAGAAGCAGCGGAGAUCGAUAGUAAGAACGACGUCCAUAACCAGGCAACAGAACUUCAAGCAGAAGGUGGUGGCAUUGCUGAAGAGAUUUAAAGUGUCUGAUGAGGUUCUGGAUUCAGAGCAGGACCCUGCAGAGCAUGUUCCAGAGGUGGAGGAGGACUUGGACCUUCUGUACGACACGUUGGAUAUAGAGAACCCCAGUGACAGUGGGCCAGAAAUGGAAGAUGAUGACAGUGUUUUGAGCACUCCAAAGCCAAAGUUAAAGUAAGUAUGGCAUGGCUGA